CAUGACGCAACAAAUUCGUCACAUUUAGUCAGUGAAAUUUGUUCGGCAGUCUUCAUCGAUGCGCUACGCACGUUGGAGCGUCAAAAUUCUCGUGUUCUCAUGCAUUAACUCACCAAAUUGACCAUCCGCCAACGAUUCGGACCAGCAAAUUGUGCCAGUAGUGAACAAAAUUUGCCGUAUGACUGAGAAUUACAUAAAGAAUUCUCACGAAGAAAUAAGCAGAAUUGUGAAAUUUACUAUGAUAUCGUGACCUUCCCUUCAUAGUUUUUGGUAUUGAGUCCGUAGCCGCGAAAAUGAGUGUCUUUUUGAGAAAAUUGAAACUAGUGACGUCACAGUAUCCCAUCCUCCGCGGGAUGAUUGCGUACAGCAUCAUCUGGCCCAUGGGAUCACUCGUUCAGCAGACAAUAGCUGGCAGACGAUGGGAUACUUUCGACUAUAGAAGAUGCCUGAGAUUUUCAAUCUACGGAACAUUCUUUGUAGCUCCAACGCUUUACAUGUGGGUUCGAUUUUCAUCUCGAAUGUGGCCAGCAACGAAUUUACGUUCUGGCAUGAAGAAGGCAUUGAUUGAGCAGGCGACCUAUGGACCUCUGGCCAUGUGCGCCUUCUUCUUCUUCAUGCCCCUGAUGGAGGGUAAAGGUGUACGGGAGGCCAUGGAGGAGACAGCUGAAAAAGUGCCAAAAGCGUGGAAAGUGGCUGUGUGUUUCUGGCCAAUUUUCCAAACCAUUAAUUUUGCCUAUGUCCCAGAACGCAAUCGGGUGCCAUUUGUGGCGACUGGAAGUCUUCUGUGGACAAUCUUUCUUGCCUACCUCAAUCAGUAUGAGCUGGAGGAGUUAAAGAAGAAGAAACAGAUGGCCAAAGAGAAGAAACUCAAGGAAGUCCAGGAGAAGCUUUCAAAUUAGUUCAAUUUUUUUUGCGAUUAAAAUUUAGUAAAAUUUACAAGUGACUUGAAAUAGGUAUAAGAUGAUAUUGUGAUGACAAAAUUCGGGAAGAACAUCUCUUAUCACCUUUGAGCUGUGAGAAAAUACAAAAGAGAAAAAAAAACAGUGAAUUCUUA